UCAGAAGCAUAUUUUGACAGGCCGUGAGUUUGUAAUGCGCAAAACGGCUUAUUGGACUAUUUUUGUCACAAGUCACUAACGCAUGCGCAUCGCGCAAGAAUGAUUAUAUUCACGGGAAGCUAAAAUGAGUCAGUUUAUCAUUGGUGCAUGGUUGCACGUUUGGCGGUGUUUUUUACUUUCAAUAUGGCUAGCUAACUCAUUCUAGACCCGGCUCAAACUGCUCUAGAACUCGGGCAAGAUUUUAUACCCGAAUCGGUUGAUGAAAUGUUGGACAUGGAGGAAAUUUAUGAAGAGGAAGAAAGUGACAAUGAAAGUUUUGCUAAAGAGGUAAAUAACGAAACUACCUCGGUGAAAGGUGAAAAUUCAGAAGACGAAGAAAAUGGGCGUAAAGGCGACGGGAAUACCAAAGAAAAAAGGUCAAUAACGGAGCCCAAGAGCAAAAAAUCGUCCAAAGGCAUAGAUAAGAAAUUGAAGAAAUGGGGGAGUGCAAUAAUGCAACCGCUCAGUGAGUCAUUUACGUUUUUUACGUCUGGUGAUAACACCGCAUCAAGCACACCAACCGCUGAUCUUUACUGUCUUUAGUGCCAAAGGUGAAAUGGAAAGUAGAUUUCAACCUGGGAGUAAAAGCAUCAAACCAGAAGGAUGAAAGAGAAGACAAAGUGGAAUCUAAACAGUGGCCUGAAAACUAUGAAAAAUUUGCAAACUUAAG